AAUUGAAUGUAAUCAUAAUGUCUGCUGAGAAGGUUGUAAACAUGAUCAACUACAGUAACAUCAAUUUUCCCGAAGAUCGUAUUUGGGUGCACAUACCCGACUGGGAGAUGACUCUCAAGAUCGCGACAUUUUUGCCAGUAAUUAUAUUCGGCUUAUACGGUAAUUUCGUCAUACUACAGCUGAUCGUACUGAAUCGUGCGCUACGUACACCAACAAAUAUGCUUGUUGGCAAUAUGGCGGUCGCUGAUCUGUUAACACUAAUAAUAUGUCCAGUCAUGUUUAUGAUCAACGAUUUCUAUCAGAACUAUCAAUUGGGUUCGAUGGGUUGCAAACUGGAGGGUUUCUUAGAUGUGGCUUUUCUCAUAACAGCCGUUUUGAAUCUUUCAACUGUAAGUUAUGAUCGUCUAACGGCUAUUGUGUUACCUUCGGAGACACGCCUCACCAUGUGGGGUGUGAGGUUUGUAAUUGCCUUUACAUGGUUGGGAGGAUUUUUGAUAGCAUUACCUUUAGCUUUAUAUAGAACAUAUAAGGUACGACAAUGGAAGAACUUUAAGGAGAUGUACUGCAAGGAGAAUCCUGAAAUACUGCCCAAAUAUUGGUACGUGCUAAUUACGGUUAUGGUAUGGCUACCGCUGAGCGUUAUGUUGAUUUGUUAUUCAGCGAUCUUUUACAAGCUGGAUCGCUAUGAGAAACGUGUGCUCAAUCGUGAACAUCCACUUACCGUCUCCUAUAAGAAAACUGUAGCCAAAACGCUCUUCAUUGUCGUGAUCGUUUUCAUUGCAUUACGUUUACCCUUUACUAUUUUGGUCAUUUUACGUGAUCAAUACCUUAACACAAACGAUGGCACAGUUAAUGCAAGCUUUCACAUAUUCUGGUAUAUAUCACAAUAUUUAAUGUUUCUAAAUGCCGCUGUGAAUCCACUGAUCUAUGGUUUUAAUAAUGACAACUUCAGACGCGCUUACGAUCAGACGCCAUUAUGUAGCUGUUAUAAACAACGACGGAAUGAAAUCGAUGUUAAAAAAUCUUCCUGCUGCAAUGGCUGCAUGUGCUCUGUAAUCAAAUGGUUUCGUACGAUCUUUUGUUGUUUUCCUUUGGGCGCUAAAAAUUCGAUGUCUGUUACUGAAAACCAACAAGCUCCGCACGCAGAAGUGUUGCGUACAGCCAGAGCAUCGGCGGUGGUGUUGUCGGAUGUCCGAGCGAAAGAGAUGAAUAUGAAUGAUGGGCAAACAACAUAUAAUCGUUUCGAUAAUGAGGGUUACCAUCAUGAUAAAGUUAUAAGCGAAGGAUUCAUAUGAUUUACAUAUGUACAUACAUAUGUAUAAGCAGAACUUUAGCUGAAUAUUUUGAAUUUAUUUUGUUUUUGAAAAAUCAUAUUGUUAUUGUAUUUUUGAAAGUGUGAAAUAAAAAAACAUAGAAGAGAGCAGUGAAGCUCUUUAAAAUAAGAACAAGUAAAGAAACGAGUAAUAGUAGCUGUGUUUCAUAAACUUUAGAACACACAUCGGAGCUGAAUACUCAGAAAGAGAAAUAUAAA